AUGGCCUCCGCCGCCGCCUCCCCCCUCACCUGCCACCACCUCGGCCUCCGCCCCCGCCCCCGCCUCCCCUCCCUCUCCCUCCGCCCCCGCCUCCCCUCCCCCACCACCGUCUCCUCCUCUCUCGCAUCUAACCCCCUCUCCCUCCCCCUCUCCCGCCCCAAGCCGGACAGCCAUGUCGCUGUCGCUGCUGCCCGCCGCGUGCGUGCCUCCGCGUCGGCGGCGCCGGCGCCGGCGCCUGCGCCAGCGCCGAAGGCGGUGGCGCUGCAGGGGGCGGCAAUCAAGCCGCUGCUGGCGACCAUCGCGACGGGGGUGCUGAUAUGGGUGGUGCCCCCGCCCGCCGGCGUGGCGCGCAACGCGUGGCAGCUGCUGUCCAUCUUCCUGGCCACCAUCGUCGGGAUCAUCACCCAGCCGCUGCCGCUGGGCGCCGUCGCGCUGCUCGGCCUCGGGGCCGCCGUGCUCACGCGGACGCUCACCUUCGCCGCCGCCUUCUCGGCCUUCGGCGACCCGAUCCCGUGGCUCAUCGCGCUGGCCUUCUUCUUCGCCCGCGGGUUCAUCAAGACGGGCCUCGGGAGCCGCGUCGCCUACGCCUUCGUCUCCGCCUUCGGGGGAUCCUCCCUCGGCCUCGGCUAUGCGCUCGUCUUCGCCGAGGCGCUGCUCGCGCCGGCCAUCCCCUCCGUCUCCGCCCGCGCCGGCGGCAUCUUCCUCCCGCUCGUCAAGUCCCUCUGCGAGGCCUGCGGCUCGCGCGUCGGCGACGGCACGGAGCGGAAGCUCGGCUCCUGGCUCAUGCUCACGUGCUUCCAGACGUCGGUCAUCUCCUCCGCGAUGUUCCUCACCGGCAUGGCGGCCAACCCGCUCGCCGCCAACCUCACGGCCGCGACGAUUGGGCAGGGGAUCGGGUGGACUCUGUGGGCGAAGGCCGCCAUUGUGCCGGGGCUGCUGUCUCUGGUGUUUGUGCCCUUGAUACUGUACCUGAUCUACCCGCCGGAGGUGAAGACCAGCCCCGAUGCGCCUCGCCUCGCCAAGGAGCGGUUGGCGAAGAUGGGGCCUAUGAGCAAAGAGGAGAAGAUCAUGGCUGGAACGCUGUUCCUCACGGUCGGUCUUUGGAUUUUCGGUGGGAUGCUGAAUGUGGAUGCAGUUUCUGCUGCAAUUCUUGGGCUAUCUGUCCUCCUGAUUUCCGGAGUUGUCACAUGGAAAGAGUGUUUGGGUGAGGCUGUGGCAUGGGAUACCCUUACAUGGUUUGCUGCUCUUAUUGCAAUGGCUGGUUACCUCAACAAAUAUGGCCUAAUCUCUUGGUUCAGUGAGACUGUUGUGAAGUUUGUUGGAGGCCUUGGUCUGUCAUGGCAACUCUCAUUUGGUGUCUUGGUGCUGCUAUACUUCUACUCCCACUAUUUCUUUGCCAGUGGCGCAGCGCACAUUGGAGCAAUGUUCACUGCGUUUUUGUCAGUGUCCAGUGCCUUGGGCACUCCUUCGCUGUUUGCUGCCAUGGUUCUCUCAUUCCUCUCGAACAUCAUGGGUGGCCUCACGCAUUAUGGAAUAGGCUCUGCUCCUGUCUUCUAUGGUGCUGGCUAUGUCCCGCUAGCUCAGUGGUGGGGCUACGGAUUUGUCAUUUCUGUUGUUAACAUCAUCAUCUGGCUUGGUGCUGGUGGCUUCUGGUGGAAGAUGAUAGGCUUGUGGUGAGGAGCACAGUAAACACGGGAUUUUCAUUUCUGUUUCGGUAGAAGACUGAAAGAAAACUAGCUGAAUUGCGGUGGCGCAGGUACCGCUGUCCGCAAGUUUUGUCGACAUGAUUGCAACCAGCAACCCAUUCUUUUAGUUUGUACCAAUACAUUUGUUUCAUCCUUGGGUUCUAACUGUUAAUUGCAAAGCCAGGGUGCAGUUUUACUGGGCAACAAUUGGUAUGUUGGGUCUUGGUGGAUCUUAAUCCGGAGAUUAUCCCCCCUUGUUCUUCUCUUUUAUGAUCACAACUGUU